GAGAGAGAGAGAGAGAGAGAGAGAAUGCAUGUGUGAUGGGGGGAGGGGCAGAAAGAGAGGAGAGAGAAUUCCAAGCAGGCUAUCAGAUAAAAGCCGGUUCUGGGACUUGAACCCACUAACUGUGAGAUGACAACCUGAGCUGAAACCAAGAGUUGGAAGCUUAACCAACUGAGCCACCCAGGUGCCCCAAAGCUUUUUUCUUUUUAUGUGCUUGAAUAUGUGUCUCACUAGCUGCCCUUUUAUUGCAUGACUAGUGUAGUACCUGGAAGAUUAUAGGUUCUUAACAAAAUUUUUAAAUGAUUGAAAGGAAAAAGUGUCUUUUCUUCACCUGUGAUAUUUUGAUAUUUAAAGACACUAAGAUACUCAUAGGACAAAAUUUUGCCGGCAUUAAAUGCUCUCUGAUGUUUAAGGAAUUACAUAUAUAAUUUUUUUUUACUAAUUGAACCGAUGAUCACUGUUAUUCAAACAAUAUGCAGUUUCAGUCCCCUGUCUCUCUCCUUCAACAUAUUUUUGCUUUUCCCUUUCUGCUUAAUUGGAGUCUCCUCUCCUGCCUUCUAGCUUAAGGAAUACAUAUGGAGAAACUUUUUUUAUUUUAUAAUUUAAAUUUCAGUGUAUAAUUCCCUAAUUCAUCCAACUUUAUUUGUUGUAGUUCAAUUUCUGAUCCAUACAUUAAAACACAUUUUUAAUUCUUAAUGUUCUUCAAUCUGUCUUUAAAUUAUUGUAUAUUAUGUUUAUUUGAAUGAGCUAUACUAUUAAAAUUAUAAUAUGAAUUUUAAAGGUGUCCUAUUGAGAUUAGCAAUGUAGAGCACUAUCUUACUAUCAAAAUUCUCUGAUCACCCAACUUGUUACCUGUAGAAUCUUGGACAAGUCACAUAAUUUCUGUCCUGUCAAAAGGAUAACAGCUAUUUCUAUAACUUGAAACCAUGACUAAGGUAAUACAAAGAUAUAGAAGUGCAAUCGCUGUUAUUUUUAGCGUCACUAAUAUUAAGAGUAAACCUAAUAGAGGAUCCUUCAUGUAGCAUUCCUAAUUAUUGUGAAGAUGCUAGAUUGAACACGUGAUAUUUGCAUUGUUUCAUUUCUCUGCUUAAAACCUUGCAAUAUCUUCGUUUUAUUCUUAGAAUAAAAUCCAGUCACCCAUUAUUUGCCCUCAGUUUAUUUCUCCAUCCUUCUCUUCCCACUUACUCUUGAGACACUAAGUUUUAGGUGCACUGUCCUUUUAUUAUCUAGAAUAGCUAUACUUUACUAUUGUAUGGCCUUUACCUAUCAGUUUUUCAUUUAUGGGUUCUUCCCAUUUUACAGUUUUAGCCUGGCAAACAUCUUUUCUUGAAUGUUUAUUUAUUUAUUUAUUUAUUGAGAAAGAGGGAGAUAAAGCAUGAGUGGGAGAAGGGCAGAGAGAGAGAGAGAAUUCCAAGCAGGCCCUCCACUGUAGGUACAGAGCCCUAUUCAGUCCCACUAACCAUGAUGAGAUCAUGACCGGAGCAGAAAUCGAGUCAGAUGCUUAAACCACUGAGCCACGCAGGCAUCCCAAGCCUAGAAAACAUCCUUCAUGUUCCAGACUAAAUGGCACAACUUUGACAAAACUUUUUCACCCCCCAACUCAUUAGGUCAGGUCCCCUAUUGCAUACUUUCCAUGCACUCAGUACCUUUCCUAUAUAGCACAAACUGUUAUAUUUGUUUGUUUGAACAUAUAUUUAAAGUCUGUUUACCCCCUUAGAUUGAAAACCAUAUAAGAUAUAUAGACACAGUCUGUCCUGUUACCACUAGAUGCUUAACUUCUACAAACUCAACAAAUAGCUGUUUCCACAGAUGAAAUACAGUUGUACAGGUAAUAGUUAAUAUAGAUGAAACCAGUAAGUACAAAAGGAGAAAUCUGUGUUCCUUGAGUGAUUGUGAAAAUUUUAUAGAAAUUAGGCAUUUGUGGCCUCUGGAUAAUAUCCCCUGACAUGAUCUAUUAUCAUUUUUUGUCACCUUGCAUGAGAUAAUCUUUUCAUAGUAUUUUUUUCUGAGUAUAAAUGCAACUGAUGCGCAUUAUACAAACUCUGGAAAAUAAGAGAAAAACGCAAAUAGGAUAUGAAGCAUGUCAUAAUUUAAAAAACAAUCUUUUAAGGUUUACGUGUAAUAAUUACAGAAGGGCAGGCGGAGUAGCCCUAGCAGCGAAAUCAUAUAAAUAAUCAAAAUCAUGUAAAUGAGGACUCCACCAGAGACAGUGGGAUUUUUUUUUAGAUAACAGCACAUUUCAUUUACCUCGGUUGUGUUAGUUUCACUGAUACAACACAAGAACCUCCUCCAACAGCGUCAUAUGGGUUUGAUAAGGGGAAUAAGCGAUUAAAAUAUCGAAACAACACCCACCCCCCUCUCGCCCGAACAAAACACCUUCUCCGGAGAUUUCUAAACUGCCAGCGAACGCAUGGUGGCACUGUUAUCUAAGAAGGCGAAUUAAACCACAGGAACUGUGCGCACUGCGUAAGGCACAGAUCCAGUGCCGUAAACUAGGGGUUGUGAGCCUGGGCAGAUUUUUAAGCAACCAAAACUGAGCCCUGGAAAGAAUUAUUCGCUAGGCCUUCUUCAAAGAUUGGAAGGCAAAAGACUGCGUUUCCUAGCACUGCCAGAGGCUUAGCUUGGCAGUAUUUCCAGGAAGAACAUGGCCGAAAGCACAAUGGAGGCCAGAGGGGAGCGCUUUCUUAGACAAAGGCAAGUCCUGUUUCUUUUUGUUUUUCUGGGUGGGUCUCUGGCUGGGUCUGAAUCAAGACGCUACUCUGUGGUUGAGGAAACAGAGAGGGGCUUUUUAAUAGCCAACAUAGCAAAUGAUCUAGGGCUUGGGGAAGGGGAACUGGCUGUGAGAGGUGCACAAGUUGUGUCUAAAGGAAACAAACAGCAUUUUCAGCUUAACCAUCAAACUGGCGAUUUGCACCUGCGUGAGAAAUUGGACCGGGAAGAGCUAUGCGGCCCCACGGAGCCAUGUAUACUACAUUUUCAGAUAUUACUGCAAAACCCUUUGCAGUUUAUUACAAAUGAGCUUCACGUCAUAGAUGUAAAUGACCAUUCUCCGGUAUUCUUUGAAAAUGAAAUGCAGCUCAAACUCUUGGAAAACACGCCACCAGGAACCAUGAUUCCUUUGGGAAAUGCUGAGGACUUGGAUGUGGGAAGAAACAGUCUCCAAAACUAUACGAUCACUCCUAAUUCCCAUUUCCACGUUCUCACACGCAGUCGUAGGGAUGGAAGAAAGUACCCACAACUAGUGCUGGACAAAUCUCUGGACCGUGAGGAGCAGCCAGAGUUCAUUUUGACUCUUACCGCGCUGGAUGGCGGCUCUCCACACCGGUCUGGGAUCGCCAAGAUCCACAUCCUGGUCUUAGACAUAAACGACAAUGCCCCAGAAUUUACACAGACACUCUAUGAGGUUCAGAUUCUAGAGACCAGCCCCCUUAACUCUGUUGUUGUCACUGUCUCAGCUACUGAUUUAGAUACAGGAAAUUUUGGGACAGUAUCAUAUGCAUUUUUUCAUGCUUCUGAAGAAAUUCGUAAAACUUUUCAGCUAAAUCCAAUUACUGGUGAUAUCCAGCUAGUCAAAUAUUUGAAUUUUGAGGAGAUGAAUACUUAUGAACUGGACAUAGAAGCCAAAGAUGGCGGAGGCCUUUCAGGGAAAACAACAGUGAUAGUUCAGGUUGUUGAUGUGAACGACAACCCACCAGAACUGACAUUGUCCUCAAUUACCAGCCCUAUCCCUGAGAACUCUCCAGAGACUGUGGUGGCUGUUUUCAGUGUUUCUGAUCUAGACUCUGGAGAAAAUGGAAGAAUUAUGUGUUCCAUCGAGGACAGUCUCCCCUUCAUCCUUAAACCCUCUGUUGAGAAUUUUUACACCCUACUGACAAACACACCUCUGGACCGAGAGACCAAAUCCGAGUACAACAUCACCAUCACCGUCACCGACUUGGGGACCCCCAGGCUGAAAACGCAGCACAACAUAACCGUGACGGUCUCCGACGUCAACGACAACGCGCCCGCCUUCAGCCAAACCACCUACACCCUGCGCGUCCGCGAGAACAACAGCCCCGCCCUGCACAUCGGCAGCGUGAGCGCCACGGACAGGGACUCGGGCGCCAACGCCCAGGUCACCUACUCGCUGCUGCCGCCCGCGGACCCGCAGCUGCCCCUGGCCUCCCUGGUGUCCAUCAACGCGGACAACGGGCAGCUGUUCGCGCUCAGGUCCCUGGAUUACGAGGCGCUGCAGGCGUUCGAGUUCGGCGUGCGCGCGGCCGACCGCGGCUCGCCCGCGCUCAGCAGCCAGGCGCGGGUGCGCGUGCUGGUGCUGGACGACAACGACAACGCGCCCUUCGUGCUGUACCCGCCGCAGAACGGCUCUGCGCCCUGCACCGAGCUGGUGCCCAGGACGGCCGAGGCGGGCUACCUGGUGACCAAGGUGGUGGCGGUGGACGGCGACUCGGGCCAGAACGCCUGGCUGUCGUACCAGCUGCUCAAGGCCACGGAGCCCGGGCUGUUCGGCGUGUGGGCGCACAACGGCGAGGUGCGCACGGCCCGGCUGCUGAGCGAGCGCGACGCCGUCAAGCACAGGCUGGUGGUGCUGGUCAAGGACAAUGGCGAGCCGCCGCGCUCGGCCAGCGUCACGCUGCACGUGCUGCUGGUGGACGGCUUCUCGCAGCCCUACCUGCCGCUCCCGGAGGUGGCGGCGGCCGAGGCGCGGGCCGACCCGCUCACCGUCUACUUGGUCGUGGCUUUGGCGUCCGUGUCGUCGCUCUUCCUGUUCUCGGUGCUGGUGUUCGUGGCGGUGCGGCUGUGCAGGCGGAGCCGGGCGGCGUCUGCGGGUCGCUGCUCGGGGCCCGAGGGCCACUUUCCGGGCCACCUGGUGGACGUCAGCGGCGCGGGGACGCUGUCCCAGAGCUACCAGUACGAGGUGUGUCUGACAGGAGGAUUUGGGACCAAUGAGUUCAAGUUCCUCAAACCGAUUAUUACCAAUGGUCUGGUUCAAGACACUGAGUGAGACUAAAGCAAAGCUCCAAUUUUAAUGAUAGUUUAGGUCAAAAAGUAAUUGUUUGGCUUUGAUUGUUUUCUUUUAUAAUCAAGAAUCUUUAGUUGAUGUAAUAUUGUCUUUAAAUAUUGAUUUUACUUUGUGGUUUUUGUUAAUCCUCGUGUAUUCUCUUUUAUCUGCUUCCUGUCAGUAAUGCAGUCUUAAUGCCUCUUUUCUUUUUCUAAUAGGUGAGCAAAAAUAGAUUCAUUAUCUUUUAAUGGUGAUUUCAAACAAGUUUACUUUAAGGAACUAUCUCAAAUUCUCUAUCCAAAGCAAUGUAGAUAGAGUUCCAAAACAGUAAUCUUGUAAUUUACCCUGUUGAAUACAGUCAGAUAAUGUUCUUUAUAAUAUACUUAAAGCAGCUUUGUAGUUAAUGAAGUUUGUGGAUAGAUUAAAAUGUGUUUUCUCUAAGCUGUACCUUCUUUAAGGUACACCAUGUUUUUAGGGACAAUACAUUUAGUUCAUUUUCUGUUUUGACAUUUGCAAUUAAUAUUUCAAUAUUUUUACAUUUCCGUUGUCAUAAAUGCACACAAAAUACAGGCUAUAAGGCAAAUUACUCUUGGAUUUGCCUAGAAUAUUCUCAUGAAGACUGAAGAAAAAAUAUAAACCUACAGCAUUUUGAAAAACAGAUUGUGCUUUUACAUUUUGCAUGAAAAUGUUGUUUAGUGGGGCAUCUGAUGCUAUGACAAUUUAGUGUGUAAAUUCUGAGAGAAGUUAUCAACCUAAGAGUCGUUUUUUAAUAAUUUCAAGAAAGCACGUACAUGUAUGAUCUCUAAAUGCUUUAUGUAAAAGUAGUGUCCCAUCCAGUCCUACUUUUAAAAUUAAUAUCUACUUGGCAUUUAGAUGGUGAUAUAUGAGGGAAAUCUAUAACAAAAAUUAUAAUAUAUACAUAUAUGUAUAUUAUAUAAUUUUAUUAUAUUUUAUAAAAUUAUAUAAUUUUAUUAUAUAUAUGGAUACAUACAUAUAUAUGUAAUUUUUGUUUUUUGUCUUGGUUCCCUUCUCCUGAUUUCAACCUGACAUGACCCAGGAUCAUAUAUGGUCCUUUUGAGGACUGUCCAUCCACACUAGCAUUCUACCACCUACAAUGUAAUUAAAAGAUAUACAAGAAUAGGUAGUUCUAAAGAAGACAGAGCAAGGGGCUCCUGGGUGGCUCUAGUUGGUUGAAUGACUGAUUUGACUCAGGUCAUGAAUCUCACAGUUUGUGAGUUUGAGCCUUGCAUCAGGGCCUGUGCUGAUAGGUCAGAACCUCCAACCUGCUUCAGAUUCUGUGUCUCCCUGUCUCUCUGCCCCUCCCCCACUCAUUCAUUUUCUCUUUCUCUCUCUCUCAGAAGUGAAUAAACAUUGAAAAUUUUCUAAAAGAGCAGUAUCAUUGUGAAAGUCUAAAUUAGCUAUAACUAUGAAUAAAAUCUGGAAGCAACCAAAGUCACAUUUUAUGGCUAUUUUGAGUGAAAGAGAAAAACUUAUUUUUAAGUGAUAAAAUAUUUAGUCCCCAGUUAAAUAAGUUGAUUAGGAAAAAAUUGGUUUUCUUCUUGAAGGCAUUUUCUCAUCCAGAAGGACAGAACUUUCCAAGAAUUGAAUACUUAUGACUAGAAGAGAGAAAACUGAAGUUUCUCAACAAAUUUGAAAAUCCCCAAAAGAGAAGAAAAAUUUAAGAUUGACAUGACUUCAGUCAUAUUUUAAAGUGCAGCUAUAAAUGGUGUCAUUUUACAUAACUGAGAUCAAAUGCAUGAAUCCUUAAUAAUCAGGGGAAAGAGUAUUUCCUUUCAUUGAUGAAGCACUUUAUAGAGAUAUUUUAAUCUGGCUCUUCUGUUUAGAUUUUUUUUUUCUUCUUUUCAUAAAUUGGCUGAAUUUUCAUUAAGAGAGGAAAAGAUCAAAGAAUUGUGACCAAGUCUUCUCUGUUUGCCUGACUUAGUCCUAGGUAGUAUCAGAGCUACUAUUCCAUUGUGGAAAGUAUAGAAAGCAGUUCUUUUUUUGGCCAAUAUGGUAUAUGAUCUGGGACUAAAGCUGGAGGAGCUAUAUGCUGAGCACUCAUUUAGACCCAGAAGACAGAAGAACAGACGCUGUUAGUAACUUGGUAGAUCCAUUGAAUUCACCUAUUGUUGAGUGAACAGAAUUUAGUAAAGCCAGAAAAGAUCUUCUAGACUAAAUUUGAAGAUUAGAAACAAUUACACCUUACUCUUGUUUCAAAGUUGAUUUUUAUUUCUGUGCUGUUGGAAGGUUUUUCCCUUUUAUUUAAAGACAAUUUUCAAAAACUUCUUUAUCUGGAUAUUAAGUACAGGACAGAGAAGGUACCAUAUGUAUAGUACUAUCUAUUGUGGCCACUUUUUGGAAUUCCCAUACUGAAAGUCUGGUACAAGGUAAAAGCGAUGACCUUCUAUGUUAAUGAUAAUUUUUAGUAGUCUUCUGUGAGGACUAGUAAGUUCAUUACUGUGAAUUAUUUCCAAAUUGAUCUCUAAUAUUCUAAUUUUCAAAAAAUUAGAGAAAUUAAAAUGGCUCCUCUGCCCAAAUAUACUAAAUAACCUUACUAGACUUUAAGGAACUUGACAGUAGAAUCUGUUUCUGUUUUAUUCAGACUUGUAUCUCCAACACAUGGCAUUAUGCCUCACACAUAGUAGAUGCUUGAAUAACUUUUGCUGAAUGAGUAAUUUUUAAAAAACAUUUGAGAAAUCAAUGAAUUUUUCAAGAGCUCAUUUACUUGGAACUUAUCUGUACACUGAAUUUCAAAAGAACUAGCUACCUUCAGAAAGGGCUGGGGAUUGAUAAUGCCAAUUUCCAUAGAACCAAUAUAUUAUUUAGUUGUCUUCCUUCACUUGUGUGGAGAUUUCUGGAAACUCAGAGAAUUGUAAAACAAUGUACUGAUCUCCAGUUGGGUUCCAGAUGCACUUGCUCACAUCUUUGAUUUCAGCAAUAAAGAAGAAAUGAAAUAAAAGUAAUUUAUAAAAGCA